AUGACGUCGCUGCGACUCCUGGUGACGACGCUCUUCUUGUUAGCAGCUACUCCAACACAUGCGGCUCGCCUUCGCACCAAAGACAAUGAUACUUUGACGAAUCCGAGUGACUCAAUUAGACCAUCCGACAGUCUUUCCGACAGCUCAUCUGACGAUGUUUCUAAUAGUUCAGAAGACAUCACACAAGACUCAACAACUUCUCAAGGUUCAAAUGAGAUACAGAAUAUUGUCAUGGUAGAUGAAAUUCAAGGCGUCAAGGCAUGGGGACAAUGUGGUGGUCUAUAUUAUCUUGGUGAGACUGAAUGCCAGCAAUUUACUUCUUGCAAGCAAUUGAGCGACUUCAUUUCCGUCUGUUUCCCUGAGUCAAGACCUACGGAGCAGAUUGUUCGACUCGAGCUCUAG